UCGUAGGUUAUCGGCGGGCUAACCUUGAAUCGGCGGAAUAAGAACUACCUUGCGCAUAGCAGUUUAGAGGGACGCAAGAUUUGAUUCCGUACACCAACCACUCUUUCAAAUAUGGCUAUUAACACGAUUCUUUUAGACUUCUCUGUCAACCCUUCAGCUAUCACAAAUAAAGACGAAAGAAAGCUACUACAAGAAAAUGUGGAAAGCGUCUUAUUGGAUUAUCUACCUUCUUUAAAAUUCAGACAUUCUCUUGAAAUUGGUGAUACGUUUGUGUCCCUGUACGAAGCAGACAGAAACAGUUUAAUUACGGUGAGAACCUUUGAUAAAGGUCUUGUUGCGUGCAACAUAGAAUACUACAAGGACGACAACGAAAAACCGUUGUUGACAUUCGAGCUGACUCACAAGCUCGAGAAAUCUUUAAGAGAAAAAUGCCAAGGCAAGAGAAGUCAUGCUUUUCCAGCUAUAAAACGUGGAGGUAUCGUUGAUAGAUAUUUCCCAACAGCAGAUGAACGUAUUCUGGAGUAUGACAUAGAUGAGGUUCUGUAUGAAGAGAGAUCACCAUACCAGAAAAUACAGAUCGUUCAUUCUCGUAGCCUGGGAAAUCUCUUGGUUCUGGAUGAUCUUCAGAAUAUGUCAGAGAGUGACCUGGUGUACACUGAGACAUUAAUGCAGAGAGGCAAGGAGAGCUAUGCAGGAAAAGAAAUAAUUAUUUUAGGUGGUGGAGAUGGAGCUCUUUUAUGGGAACUUCUUAAAGAGAAUCCAAAAUUUGUUACAAUGGUGGAGAUUGAUGAACUGGUAAUGAAGGCUUGUCGCAAAUACCUUCGCACGUGCUGUGGAACUUGUCUUGAUGAGUACAAAACAGAUAAUUAUGAGAUUAUUGUGGAGGACUGCUUGAAAAUACUGGAUAAGUUCAUUAAGGAAGGAAAGAAAUUUGAUUAUGUGUUCGGUGAUCUUACCGACAUUCCUUUAUCACCAGUUCCUCAAGGAGAAGUGUGGGACUUCAUCAGACUUAUCUUAAAUACAUCAAUGCGUGUCUUGAAACCGAAUGGAAAGUAUAUGACUCAUGGAAAUGGAGCAUCUUGUCCAGAGUCUCUCAGCAUGUUUGAGUCUCAGCUAAAGCAACUUUCCGUACCAGUACAGUUCACACGUGAUCAUGCAUUUGUACCCUCAUUUAUGGAAGACUGGAUCUUCUAUCAAGUACAGCCAGUACCCAACUAGCAUUUCAAAUUUCACAUUAAGGAAAAUAUGCUGCACACAGCAUUCACAGCCCUUGUGAUCUCAAGAUGACAGCAACAGUAAACUGCCAGAUCAUCUACAAGAUGAAAGCUGUGCAGUCAAGAAAUGUGUGCACACAAUUAAGUCACAAGGAUAUUUUCUCAGUACUGCUUUAAAUUUAGUAGAUACAGAAAUAGUGUCGUCUGCAAGUUAUAUGUAACUUAUGUUAACAUGAAAUGUGACUGAAAUGCAAAGUGUUAAGUCCCUUAAUUUGGUGCAAAUGCCAUAUUGUCAUGGUUGUUCCUCAUAAACAUUUAAGACAUGUGAAGUCAUUAUUAGGUUUUGUUAUUCUAAUCCAUUUAGUUUUCUACUGUGCUCUUUAAGUAUUAUUUCUGCAAGUGACUGUGUGUAGUACAUAAAAUAUAGCAUAUCUAUAUCUGAGUGACAAUAUUGUAAAAAGGGUAAAUCACUACUCACCGUAUAGUGGAGAAGUUGAGUUAGAGUUGCAGACAGGCACAACGGAAAGACUACUAAGAAAGUUAGCUCAGUCUCUCUGUGCUUGUCUGUGACUCUGCUAUAUGUGAGCAGUAAUUUAUCCUUUUCAUAAAUUAUCAUUAUCCCAUCUUUUGAUAUAUGCAUCUUAAUAUAUUGCCCACCACUGUCAGUAGUUAUAAAAGAUUUAUUUUCUCAGUUUUUAUUUAUGUAUGAACUGCACUGCUAAAAUUAUGUACGCUUUACAAAUGAGAGGAAAAGUGGGCCUUCUGGACUUCAUUAAUAUUAUAAUCUGGGAUAAAAAGUUAAGAAGCUGCCACAUAUAUUUAUCCACACUGACAUUCAGCUGGUCAUUUAACAAAGGUAACUCAUCUAACAUGACCAGAAGCCCUGAAAUGUAAAAAGUGAAAAAUUGGUAUUUGAUUGGAAGGCAAAUGUUACUUGAAACAAAACAGAAAACUAGCACUGUAUUCAUAAUCAAUAAGAAUGCCGGUGCAGUGUUUUUGGAGUGUAGUACCAUUCAACAGGUUCAGAAGCUUCUGUAGUGUGUAUUUUAAAACAUCCUUGUCGGAAAUAGUGCAGUAGUUAAGUAUUUGAAAUCAUCAAGUGUUACUUCUGGAAUUGGUUUUCACUGUUUUUAUUAAUGUUAAUUUUGUUUUUCUUACUCUCUUAAGAAAUUUACCUAGUACCUGCACCAAUUUAAGUUGCAAAACAUUAACUAUUUAACUAGUGUGCCCACUUUCAACAUAUUCCGUGGACAUUGAUAAUGUUUGUGUACAUUA